ACUCAUGUAAGACUUGUUUUACCUGAAUGCUUCAAAUGCUAAUUAAUGUUUUUGCGAUUUAAUUUAGGUGACCAAUACAUUUAAUGGAUUCUCGCAGGAUGCCACUGUCCCAUCAUUUUUUGCUGAUUUUGAUAAGAUGAACGAAGUGACUGCUGAAACAACUGAGGCUCCAGAAGCCUUGGACACAGAAGUUUCUGAAGAACAAGACAAACCUGCAGCUCCCUCUGCUGGUGAGGAACCCACAGCUUCCUCUGCUGGUGAGGAACCCACAUCUUGCUCUGCUGGUGAGGAACCUACAGCUUCCGCUGCUGGUGAGGAACCUACAGCUUUCCCUGCUGGUGAGGAACCUACAGCUCCCUCUGCUGGAGACGAGGAGGAGGAGGAACCUAAAGCUGGUGACGAACCUCCAAGUUCUCCUGCUGGAAAACAGAUCGAAGAACCUCCAGCUCUGUCGGUUGGUGAUCAAGAUACAGGAAGUUUUGUCAGCGUGACAGAGAAGAAAUCUGAUUUGACUGUUGGAUCUCCCGGAACUGAGAAGGCGGAGCUUGGUGAGAUUCCUCCUGUGGAUGAAGCAAAACCAUCUCCAGAUGAAGCAGCUCCAUCGGAAAAGAUGCCAAUCCCAUCUGUUGUGAUUGAGCCUGCCUCCAGUAAUGAAGGCGAUGAUGACCGUGAUGCUGACAUCAUCUCUCCCACUGCCAUCAGUGACAACGGUGUGACAGCUGGAAACCAGCCUAUCAAACACAUGAGUCCAAGUGGUGGAGUGUCGGGCCUUCCUGAUGAUUUCCUGUACAAGGUGGAGACAAUGCACGACUUUGAGGCUGCGAAUUCAGAUGAGCUCGAGCUGAAGAGAGGUGAUAUAGUGUUGGUGGUUCCUACAGCUUCAGUAGAGGAUCAGGACGCCGGUUGGCUCACAGGGAUCAAAGAAAGUGACUGGUUAAGACUCGGAGCUGGUGCUCACAAAGGACUGUUCCCAGAAAACUUCACUCAGCGUUUGGAGUAAGAACCGUAUGCAGCUGAGUAGAAGUUCAAGACAUUGUUGUCCAAGCUGCCCUGUCAGCAUGUAGCCAGCCCCAGAAAAAACCCUUUUAACCUGCUGCAACUGUCUGCUGGACAACUUACGGCUUUCUCUGGUAGAUGAAACUUCACAAAGUCACGCUUAAUAAGUACUACUAUUCCCAGGACAACUGAAGAUUAUAAGCAUGUUGUUAAGAGUGUGGUCUGCGCUCUUCUGGAAUUAAAAUGUUUUUUGUUUUUGUUUGUUUUUUUGCUGUUGAAAGAAAGACAAAAACAUGUAUGAUGUAUUUAUUGGGAAUGUUGCAAUCUCAACAUGUUCACGCCUACAAAAAGCAGAAAAAAAUGUUUCAGAAGAAAAAAAGAACUGUACCUCCUUUGCACCGAGUGUGUUGUACUGAUUUUGUUGCUCUGCUGUGGAAUAUAUCAGAAUCUGUAGUGCUGUGAUCUAUUUAAAUGUUACUGAGUGUUUCAUAAAACUCCUGAUUUUUCUUUCCAGAUGUUAUGACUGUUUGUUUUGAAUCACUGUUUGUGUAUUUCUGUAACAUCAUGGUUAAUUGUGUGGUUUGUGUGUGUGUGUGUGUGUGUGUGUGUGUGUGUGUGUGGUUAUUUUUUCUUUGGUAGAUGUGGUGAUGAUUUAAGUCACUGAUGAGUGUUGCUGUGUUUUUGCCAAAAUAAUAUUGAUAUUUGUCAUCUGAGCAUUGGCAAAUGAACCAGUGCACAUUCAGAAUGAUAAUCUUUAAUAUUUUAUGAAAAUGAGUAUUUGAAGAUAAAAAGUCUAAAGAUUUUGCCCACUAUUGCAAAUGUCAUUGUAUAGCUGUAGAAGUCACGUCUAAUGAAAAAUUAUAUUUGCGAGAAACAGAGUCAAGUAAAAGACAUUUUAAUGUUAUCAGCUAUUUUAAGUAUAUUAUCACAAGGAGGGUGUCAACAAAUGCAAUAUGCAAUCUAUGUCAUUAGUAAAUUUCAGGUCUCCAUAUUCCAACAGUUCUGUAGAUCAACAAAUAUGAUGUCACUUCCUUUGACAGUGAAAUGAAAUCUUAAUGUAGACAUUUUUGUGAUGUACAUACCAUAAACAUUUAUGUCAAUAUCAAUAAAGACUUAAUAGUGAAAAAAA